AGUUGCAAGGAACAAACCUCAGGUUAAUUGCAUCGCUUGCACUUUUCCAUAACCUCUUUUCGCGGGCUGGAGUAUAUACGUAAGAAGCACAUAUGCAUUUUAUUAUAUACGAAUGGGGGAACGCGGAUAAAAGUCAUAAAAUGAAUUAUACGGUAAGAGACGCAUGAAGUAACUAUCAAAUAUUGAAUAUUCUGUCAGAGCUCCAAGCAUACGGAUUUUUAUUAUGGCAACUUGUCGAUCGUGCUGGCGUCAGAUCAAUGUAACAAAACUAUUUUAACUGCGAAUUUUGGACCUGAACCUGAUACACGUUAUCGGUUAUUUGCGUCGCAUUACGAUCUCACGCUGUUAUUUCUGCCCUGAAUUCCUGCCGAGAGUUUUGAUGUAGAUCGCAGUAAUUGAUCACAAAGAUGGGCGACAUUAAAUAUUAUGGAAAAAGGAGAAGUAUUGUAAGGAGGAUUGGAUCUUUUUUACCAUUAAAGCCUCCACCAAAAAUAUAUGUCAGUGUGACACCGUUACAUUUGAUGACAAAUUCAAUGAUUAACGAGGAAACUAGUAGCAAUUAUGUUGAUACGAAUGGAUAUCCAAUGAGCUUUUCUGGCAGCAGGCCAGAUCUGUUGGAGCCAAUUAGUUUUGGAUCUGAAGUACGAUUGCUCGCAUUAGAGCAAGAAUUACAAGAGCUUAGGGAACAAAUUUCGACAAUUGUAAAAAGUAAUAAACUGUCUAAAUAUGCGUCUGUCGCGUCUCUGCCCAAUGGAGCAGAUGAUAUGAAGUCUGUGCCAUCUCCACCUCCACCGCCACCGCCAUUUCCGCUUCCACUUCCACUUCUGCCACCCACAACACCGCAUAUCGCGAGAAGGGCUAGUUUGCAAGAUCACAAAAUUGAAGAUCGGAAGAAGAUUCCAUCGAGUGUACAGAAAUUUACGGGUGAUAUGCUGAAGGAUAUCGAUAGUGUAAAAUUGAGACCAGUUGUGAGGUCUCCAGGUGGACAUCCUAUACGAGUAAAACGUGAGAAUAGUCCAUGCAAUGAUUUGCAGGAAAUUUUGCGAAGACGCUACAUUGCAAUGCAAUCUCCCGAUAGCAGGAAUUCAUCAGCUAACUUAGCCAUGGACGGUUCAUUUUGAAUGAAUUAAAAAAACAAAUUGUCCAUAUAUGAAAAUACUUUUGAAUAUUUUCACUGUAUGUACAUUUAUAUGAAAUUUAGGACUCUUACAAUAAGAAAAUAUGAUCUGUUAUACGUUUGAUUUAUCAUAGAUGUUGUUGUUUAAAUUUUUUGCAUUUUGCAUUAGCUGAUUUAUACCGAAAAACAUAAACCAAAGAUCAGUUUGCUGCACCAAUGCGACGUCGCUCAGGAUAAAAUUUUUUUCAAAUCGAGAAAUUGCAAUAACAAUGUUUUCGAUAAGUUUGAAGAAAGCCAUUUUAGUUUGUGUUCAUGAUUAAAGUUAAAUUAUUUUAAUAUUGUAUAUACGAAGUCUACCAGAAAAAUAAUGAGAUUAAAUUACUGUUGAUUAAAUCUGUAGCGUACAAUGUGGCAACACUGACAAAUCGUAACCACACAGAACGUAAAGUGUAGUUCUGUAAAAGUUCCUAUAAAAGUAGUACAAGUUUCGACUUGUUCAGUUACGUUCAUGUGUCAUUAUAACGUUUUUACACGUAAGUGUGUAUUAGUAGAUGUUGUCACCAUUUUCAUUAUGGAGGAAUAAAAGAUUGAAAAAAGAUAUGCGAUAAAGUUUUGUGUUAAAUUGAAAGAAAUCGCCACGGAUUGUUAUAAAAAAUUAAAAAAACAUUUGAUGAUUAUGUUUUAUUACCGUGCUCAGAUUUUUCAAUGCCAGGUGUUUUCAGUUAGCUGCUAGGUCAUAUUUUGCAGAGAACCAUUAUAAUCGCAUUACUUUUCUGGCAGACCUCGUAAGGCUGUUAUGAUAUUAAAGUUUCAUGUAGGGCUAGGUGAUUUGGUUCAAAGGUUCCGAUAUUUGAACUUCGAAGCCUCGAAAGAAUUCGAAGCUUUGAAGUUAACUUCAAACCUUCGAAAUUCAAGAUGUCUUUGAAACUUUGAAGCUUUGAAGUUGUCAAAAGUAACAGCCCUAGUUUUAUGUCAAUGACUUUUCUUACAAGAUCUAGCUAUAAUAACUCUAAUGUCUGAAAUAAAAAAUAUAUUAUUUUCAUGAUAGUUUGUAACAAAAUAGAAUAUACAGUUUCUGUUACUAUUUA